AUGGAGAACCAAACUGCAGUGACAGAGUUUAUCCUUCUGGGCUUCACAGAUAUUCGCUGGCUGCAGAUCCUGCUCUUCGUUUUGUUACUUAUCACCUACGUCUUGACCUUAGCUGGAAACAUUCUCAUUAUCUCCAUCACUCUGGUCAGCCAGCGCCUCCAGACACCCAUGUAUUUUUUCCUCCGGAACUUCUCGCUUUUGGAGAUUGGCUUCACCUCAGCAUCCAUCCCGAAAGUUUUGUUCAAUGUGGCGUCGGGCUGCUGGUACAUAUCUGUGGCUGGCUGCUUUGCACAAUGUUUAUUUUAUCUCACUGUGGGCACUGCUGAGUUUUGCCUGUUGGCGGCCAUGUCCUUCGAUAGGUACAUGGCCAUCUGCAACCCCCUGCACUACACGUCCAUCAUGACCAGUCACUUCUGUGACUGGCUGGUGCUGGCCUCUUGGCUUAUUGGUUUCGGGUAUGUGAUCGUCCCGCUUGUUCUGUUGUUCCAGUUGCCAUUCUGUGGCCCCAACAUUGUUAACCAUUUCUUCUGUGACAGUGCUGCAUUGCUUAAACUUGCAUGCACACACACCUGGCUCCUACGGCUCCUGUCUUUCCUUUUGGCCACAGGCAGUAUAUUGGGCACUUUAGCCAUCACUGUCUUCUCCUACUUCAAGAUCAUCUCCAUGGUGAUGCGCAUCCCCUCCACGGCCGAGAGGCAGAAAGCUUUCUCCACCUGCGCCUCUCACAUCACUGUGAUCUCCAUCACCUACGGCAGCUGCAUUUUCAUGUAUGUCACACCCACAUGGAGCAGCAAGCAGGACUUGAGCAGGGCUGUGGCUGUUCUGAACAACGUUGUGUCCCCUCUGCUCAACCCCUUCAUCUACAGCCUGAGGAACAAACAGGUGAAUGAGGCUUUGACGGACACACUCAGCCAGAGCACGGUGUUUUCUAAGAAUCCAAAGAUGUGA